CAAUAAAUAUUUAAGCUCCUACUAUGUGCCAGGAACUGCAUACAGGGGAUACAAAUACCAAAAGAGAGAGUCCCCGUCCUCAUGGACCUUACAAUCUAAUGGGGGAAGACAAAACACAAAGGGAAGUUGAAAAGGGGUUGGAUGGAUGGGGAAUAGGUACCAACUGGGGCCGUGGUGGAAAAGUCAGAGACAUUCCAAAGUAGCCCAGCCAGGUGAGAAAUGACAUGUACGAGCUGCGCUCUGUCCUUAAUUAAAGGUUUGGAAUUCAUCUAUUCAAGAAUUCUUUCCAAUGUUGCAGAUAGUAACUCAUACACACUUUCCUUAAGUCUCUUGUCCAUGUUCUCCCUAAAGUUCACCAUAUGGGAUCCACCUAAUACGCUGGAAACAUUCCUUAAUUUCUCUCAGCAUUUUGAGGGUAUGUGUAGAGUGCUCUGGCUGUCAAUCUCUCACCCCUUGCUCUUGCCAUAUGACCAGUCCAUCUUCUCUCCCAGUCACAUAAUUUCUUAAUGACAUCCUUUUCAGAGCUCCUCAUUGGUUAUACUGUAUAAAUUCUUCAUACCCAUCAUACACCUUUCUUUUGCCUUCUCUGUGAUACUCAUUUUCAGUUGUUCGGAGGUAUAUUCCACAUUUUAUUAUAAUAUAGUAGUUCUGUUAAAAUGUUAGUAUUGAAAAGCUGGGCCUUUGAUUUCUUAACAAGCUAAAGUCAAAGAUCUUUACAAUUACGCAAAAGUGAUCUAUACUAUUUUUCUCUUUUUCAAGGCUAGGCUUAGCUCAUCAUACAUCUGUAAAAUCUUCUGUCUCAGAUAGAUAUAAUGAUGGAUAAGUUGUAUAGGCUGGCCAUCCAAAUACAGGAUUCAAAGAAACUAAAUUCUAGUUGGAGAGGUUUAAUGGAGAUUAGAAGAUGCCAAAAGGCAAAUAUGUGGAUUAUAUCAAGGUAGGGGGAAAAAAGGAUAGGAGCCAAAGCAUGAAGAUAAAAAAAAUAUACUCUAUUUAAGGAUGGUUUCAAGUAAGAGUCCAGUGUAAUUAGAAUGUAGAAUAUUUGAAAGAGUAUACAGUGAGACAUAUGGCCAAAAAGGCUGGAUGAUAUCAGAUCACACAGGGCCUUGAGUGUCAGGCUAAGGAUUCUGAACUUUAUUUGGAAAUCAAUGAUACCCCACUAAAGGUUUUGAGGGCAAUUAAUGUAUAUGAUAGAUUGGCAGCUGGGUGCUUGGGAAGAGACUAGAGGCAUAGACCUAUCAGGAAGCUUUUGCAACGUGACAGGAAACCACCAACUUAAAUAAAGGCAGUACUUAAAUGAAGAGAAUGGAAAAUUUUAUAAUAUUGUAGGUGUGACCUUAACACAGUGCCCAGCAUACAGUAGGUGCUUAAUAAAUGUGAGAAUGACUGAGUAGAAUCAAUAAGACACUGGAGUUGGUUGGAGGUGGGCUGUAUAUGCCAUUAUCUAUUUGGGUCACUUAAUAAAAGACUAAGACUGAAAUUUAUCACUGGAUCAUUCAUCCUCCUAACACCAAGUGAUCUGAUUGAUAUGCACUGAUUUGUCAUUUUGGUAUGCUUUUGGCAAUUCUUAGGAUGGAAAUCCUCCCUCUCUACCCUCUUCCUUCCCAGAUGCAUAGGGAAUGUUUGUCAUUCACCUUGGUGGGCCAAAGAAAAAAUGCUGUGGAAAAGGUUAAAAUUCUUCCUUUUGGGUUAUUUCUCCCAAGGUCUCCCCAAAGUUGCAUUUAACACCCUGAAGUUUGGUCCUGGUCAAGGUGGGUAGGGAGGAGACUGACUGUCCUAUCAUCUUCUUCACCUCCCAGAGAUUCCAGCUUGGUUGGAACUCUCUUUUAAGCUUCCAGACACUAUGAUAAUGAUGGUUUCUAACCUCAAAUAAUGGAUCUCUAUCUAACUACCCAAAAUAAUAGGUAUUUUACAAAAACCAUCACAGGGUGUCCCAAGAGUAUACAUUUGUUUAAGGCAUUUGGUGAAGAUAUUCUCACCUAAUAAAGGUACCAGGGUUAGAAGGGUUAGAAUAUGUUAUUGUUACUUUAAAUGGGAUUGCAUGAUCGAUUAGCUUAAUUGGCCCUCUCCCCUACUCCCCCCAUAAGUUUGAGUUCACUUUCCCCUGGACUCUUUAUGUACCUGUGGGAGAGUGUGCUCCUGUUUUGUUGGGUACCACUAUUUUUACUGUACCACCUUAGUAAAUACUGAGAGAAAUGAUUAUUAAAUAACCAACUGUUAAUAUUGGGGAGAUCCAGGAUUUUUUUCCCUUCCUCAUUUAGAGAUUAGGUCAAAGCUUAGUUCUCUGAAGGGCAGGGGGAUGAUGAGAUGAAAUCUUGGAAUUGUUAUCCCACUUAAGAGACCUUCACAAAGAAUUUAAUCUAAGGUGAAUUCCAGCCCAUUAUGUUCCACUCAGCCAGGUCUGAAUUGCACAAGGCUGGGGGUGAUUUGGGAAAGAGUGAACAAAGUCACAUCUCCCAGCCCCUUCACUUCUCAUUAUAAUAUCCAUUCUUCUCAUUGUUAACCAAUCUGAGUUGAUUACCAUCCUUAGGAACACUGGCUCUUCCAAAGGCCUAUAAGCAUUGAGUGGGUUCCAUGAGGUAUCUUUGGCAUUCAGAGUUCCAUUGACCCCUUUUAUUAAUUAUCUACUAGCAUGCUUAAUAAAAUAAUUACUUCUCUCCAAAUUUUUAUAUGUCACAAUAUCCUAAACAAAAAUAAAGUCUGCCUGGUUAGCUAAUAACAACUGAUGAUUGAAGGAAGCACAUUAGUGGGAAUUUGCAAGCCAUACAUAGCACUAGAAAAGACACUCCCACUCCUUCUUCUCAGGGCUACCCCUAUAAUCCUUAGUGGAGAGACAGUAGUCCCCCUUUGGGGACCCAUCCUUCCAAUGUGGGUGGUGUUUGGAAAAGUAUCUCUAGAUGCUAUGUAAACAAAAGAAAUUCGCAGUAAUUUGGGUUGGGACUAAUAACCAUUAGGAAUAUCAAGAAAAGCCUCUUGAAGAAGGUGGUAGUCCUGGAGCUGAGUCUUAAAGGAAGCCAGGAGUUCCAAGAGGCAGAGGUGAGGAGGGAGAGGAUUUCAGGUUCUACCUGGUUCUAACACGGGGAGGCAGCAGAUGGAAUGCUAUAUACCAGGACGACCAUAUAGAUCAAUUGAGUUAAAGAGUAGCCUGUGUGAGAGGGAAUAAUGUCGAAACUAGGUGGAAAGACUGAAUAGAAUAGAUUAUGAAGGUCUUUUAAAUGCCAGAGGAGUUUGUAUUUUAUCCUAAAGGCAAUGAAGCGCUAAGAUUUCUUAAUCAGGAGUAACAUGGUCUGGCUUGUAUGUUACACAUAUUUGGCAGCUGUGUGGAGGAUGGACAGGGAGGCCAAUUUGAAGGUUAUUACAAUAAUAGUCCAGGUGAGAAAUUCUGUGGACUUGGACUAAGGUAGCUAUGGGAAUACAGAGAAAAAUAGAAAGGAAUGCAAGAAAUGUUGAGGCAGUGGAAUCAACAGGAUCUGGCAGCUGACUAGCUAUGGGGUGUGGGGGAAGAUUGAAAGCAAGUAGUGGGCAACUUUUUCCAACUUGACUAAAAGAAAGGUAGCACUCUCAACGAAAAGAGGGAAGUUUGAAAGAACAUGAAGAAGCAGAUGUUACAGCAAAUUAGGAGCCAGAGCUUCAGGAUGACCAGGAUUCAAACCCUGCCUCUGACAGCAGUUGUUUGUCUGACCCUGGACAAGUCACUUAAAACCUCAGUGUCCUAGGCAAUUAAUACUAAACUUUUUAACAGGUAUCCCGCAGUCUACACCAAUAAAAUCAUAUAUCUCGACCAGUGGAAAUCCCACAUUAAUGAUCUUCUUAGGGUGGAUUUAUGGUUUUGGGUUUUUUUUUUUAACCCUAAGAGUGGACCAGAUGCUGGUAGUCCCAUUUGGCUGAGCGGAGGAGGAGAGGUAGUAUGCAUGCUAAAAAUGAUCACAGGGACCCAUCCACUCAAAAGGAAGGCGCGUUGUCACUACCAAGCUUAGAGCCAGAGAGCCUCUAACCCAAGUUUCAGGAUCCUUGUCGGUAAAUGGGUUUGGAGCAAUGGGGGUAGUUGUUUACACCUGCAAGGUUCCUCCCACUCUGAGUCUGGGGUGCAAGCUUCCUGGUCCACUGGAAAGGACGUUUCGUAGUGAGGUUUGGAGCCAGAGGAAAUGGGUUCAAGCUGUGUCCUUGUGCUUUUACCUUAUCCUCUCCGGGCUCAGUUUCCUCGACUGCGAAGUGAAGGGGGUGGGGAUAGAUGCCCUCUAAAGCCCCUUCCAGCGCUAAGCCUUGAAAUCUGCGCGCAGCUCCGCCGCUGUGCCCGGGCUCCCGGGGCCCGCGCCCCGCCUCCCGCAGAGGCGGCCAUGGUCGCUGCCAAGGCCAUGGCGGCGUGGCGGCUCCCGACGCUGGCAGGGGCCUCCCGGGGAUCGCCGCUGCCCUCCUCGCUGGGUACUCCGACACCCCCCGGCCCUACGCUGUGUUCCGCCUACCGACCAGGCGGCUGCGGCAGCAGCGGAGGCGGCGGCAACGGUUCGGCAGCGCGGGCUCCGGAAGGUCCGGAAGGCAUCGGGCCCGAGCGGCCCGAGAGCCCCGAGCUCACAGCAGCGGAGCAGCGGAUCGCCCAGCUGCACGAGGCCGCCUGCGCGGCUGGCCAACUAAACUAUGUGGAUCCAACCACUGGCUAUUUAGUACUCACCAAAGUGGCCCAUUUGCAGAGAGGAGACUGCUGUGGUUCUGCCUGCAGACAUUGUCCAUAUGGCCAAAUCAACGUUAAAGAUCUGUCGAAGAGGAAGCGAUUCAACUCACUGUUUUAUAUUUGAGAAUUAUUUCAAUUUGUGUUUUCCUUGUAACAGCCUGCAAAAUAAAAUACAAUAAAAGGCCUAAUCUAGAAUUGUUA